CAGCUGACUCCAGAGGCAAGGCUGUAGUCAGCAAACACUCGUGGCCUCAGGAUGGCGAAGGAUCUCUUCAGAACCCCAGCCUGUGAGCUGGAUACGUUCAUAGAAGAUCACCUCCUUCCUGACACCACAUUUCUUACUGAGGUCAGAGCAGACGUGGAGUUCAUAUGUGCUUUCCUGAUGGAGAGAUGCUUCCAAGGUGCCACCCACCCUGUGAGGGUCUCCAGGGUUGUGAUGGGUGGCUCCUACAAUGAAUACACCGUGCUCAAAGGCAGGUCAGAGGCCAACAUGGUGGUGUUCUUUAACAAUCUCACCAGCUUUGAGAAUCAGUUAAAGCGACGGGGAGAGUUCAUUGAGGAAAUUCGGAAACAACUGUGCCAGUUGCAGCAAGAGAAACAAUUUAAAGGGAAGUUUGAGGUCCAGAGCUCAGAGCAGCCCAACUCCAGGUCUCUGAGCUUCAAGCUGAGCUACCCCGAGUGCCAGCAGGAGGUGGAAUUUGAUGUACAGCCAGCCCGUGAUGCCCUGUAUGAAGGCCGAGAUUCCCCAGGACUGUGUCCUUCUAUGAGCGCCAAACCACCUGUUAGGAUGCUCUCAGGUCAGGGAUAGGAGAUCCUUUCUCUGCUGCAGGCCCUUGGCCCAGAAGGGGAGAAAGCUGCCUAAGGCCCCAAUCAGGGAGGGUCCAACCUGUGAUCAGACUCCAAGCUUCUAACCACUGCCUUCCACUCCUGCAUCCUGUCCCAUCACAGACAGUCUUCCUCACAGCCUGCUUCAUCUGCCUUACCCACCAACAGUUCUCUGAGAGAGGAGCGAUUCAGAAGGAGAGGCAGAAACUCAAGCUUGACUUCUACCUGUCCACCUGUUGGGAGGUUCUGUCCAAUGUCUGAUGCACAAUAAUAAAUCACAGCAAGCUA